CAGUGGGAGACUAAACAACUCUCUCUUCAACGGCGUGCGACGCGACGGCGGCUUGGCCACGUUCUUAUCUCUCCACCAGUGUACCAGCAACACCGCGCACAUGACCACCACCGCAACCAUGACGGCCACAGCGACCGCCCCAGCCUACACCUACACGCCCAUCCCGCCGUCCCCGCAGGCCGACGCGGCCGCGUUCACCGACUUUGGGCGCGAGGUGCACGGGUUUGACGCGGCGAGCGUCAGCCAGGCGCAGUACGACGAGAUCAUCGAGAGCUUGUACAAGUAUCAAGUCCUCCUGUUCCGCAACACGACCAUCACCCCCGCACAGCAGUACGCCCUAACCCAUGCAUUCGACCCCGCGGCCACAUCGUACGGCCACGGGAACAACAAGACGGGCAAGGAUACCAAGAGCAUCCUGCAUCCUGAUCUCAAGACCAUCCCCCACCAGCCCGAAGUGCAGUUGAUUGGGAAUGGCAAGGUGCCGGGGGUGUAUGAGGGGUUGGAUAGUCCCCAGCUCAAACACCCCCACCACCGCACGUUCCACAAACACCCCAUCAGCGAGGCCGAAGAGCUCGCGUCCAACGCGACACGGUUCUACCGCUGGCACAUCGACGCCGCGCUGUACAAGCUCUCGCCGCCCCGCGUGACGUCGUUGUUGGCGGUCAAGGUCCCGCAGGGGCCGUGGCAGACUGUGCGGUAUGACGAUGGGAGUGGCGACGAGGUCGAGGUGCCGAAGGGGUCGACCGUGUUCGCGUCCGGAAAGACAAUGUUCGACCUCCUCCCCGCACCCCUCAAGUCCCUCGCAGUCCGCACGACAGUAAACUACGCGCCCCACCCCUACGUGUGGAUGAGCAAGGCGCACGCCCUCCCCACCGGCCUGGGGAUCGAGGACGAGGGGCUCGAGCUGAGCCUGGACGAGCUGCCAGAGUUUGACGAAGCGCAGGUCAAGCACCUGCCCAUGUGCUGGAAGAACCCGGUCACGGGGGCCCUGCACCUCCAGGUCCAUCCCUGUGCGGCCAAGAGCCUCACGAUCGCGCCGUUGCCGGAAGGCGCGAGUAGGGACGGCGCGCUCUACCCCGAUGGCGGGGAAGUGGGGGAUCUUAAGGAGGUUCGGGAGCUCUUGACGCGUGUUCAGCGGCCUGGAAUCUCGCCCAAGUACCUCUUCGCGGCCGACUGGCGCGAAGGCGAUCUCGUCCUCUUCCACAACCGCGGCGUCAUCCACAGCGUCACUGGCGCCUUCCGCCCCGACGAGCUCCGCAUGUUUCACCAGUGCAACCUCGCUGCGUCGAGCGAUCCGGUCGGGCCGGACGGUGCGGAUGUGGCAAAGUAUGCCUAGGAACCGAGCACGAGCAGUUGGUUGUACAGAGAUGCCCCAGAACAAUGUGACGAGAUGCAACGUGUCCGAGUAUG